ACCUAUUUUGUACAGGUGAGUGGUGAUCGUAUGUGGGCACUACUGAAAGAGCUCAGCGGCACUCCCCAAGUACUAUUUUCUUGUGUAUUUCUUCAUAACUAUUGUCCGCUCUUCUUUCUUAAGGAUUCUGCAAAAAAUGUCACCCCACCUGAACUGAAGGUGAAGGAACGAGCCAGACUUGAAGGAAUCUGUGAUGACGCAUUAGUGAAGACAAUAAAACUUCUUGGGGUGGAGCACAUCGUUGGUGUGGGAAACUAUGCUACAGACCGAGCACGGGCAGCAUUACUUAAGGCUGGAAUGGAAAGUGUCCAAGUUUGUACUCUGAUGCAUCCCAGCCCAGUUAAUCCAGCUGCUAAUAAAGGUUGGAGAGACAUUGCUAUUAAACAGCUAACAGACAAUAAUAUUAUACAUUAUUUUCAAUCUAAUCCUUUAGGGUAGAUAAAAAAAAUUAGU